AUCCCUGAACACACUUCCGUAGCGAGCGUAGCUAGCUACGCUUCAGCGAGCUGGCUACGCUUGUUGUUCUACUGAGCGAGCGAUGUUCGACUAAAGUACUCACUUGAUUUACUGAACAAACGCUUGAAAGUAAGCGGGCAUUAUGGAGGAGCCUUGGGAUUUCGAGUUUCUGUCCCGUAUCACCGACGGCUGCUUGUCGUUUCUGUCCGAAUUCGUGGAGGACUGGCUCGCCAACGAUUUGAGAGUCUCCAUAUUUAAAAUCCUUCUCAGUUGGUUGAUUUUCAGUCUGCUAGCUAUUCAUUUUGCUUGGAAGAUUUACGGGAACACGGUGAAUGACAUGUAUUACCGGCAAGGGAGCGGGCAGAACGGUGGGACACCUGACACGACGUCCGGCCUGGGCAGAUGGGGGGACACAGCGGGACAACCAUCCAAGUCUCAUAGGGAUUAGUUGGACUUCUGAAACUCCCAGGGAUCCUGAAUGCACCUUCAAAUUCUGACUUUUUUUUUAUUUUAUUUGCUGUACAUGCUCCUGGAAAACACGAUUGUAAAUACAAAAUGGAUUCUAAAUACCUA